CCAGGUUGUCAGUUUCCGACUGCCCGGACUCAUUUUUCACCGACGGCUGGGUGAGCCUUUGUCGCUUCAGGAUAUCAGAAACAAAUCGGUGCAGAAGGAUGUCCACACCAUUAGCGAAGUUCCUUCUUCCUGGAGAGGAAAAAGUAGAAACUCAGUGGCCAAAGCAGGACUUGUUCGUGCAUCAUCGAGGAGGAGUCUGCCGAUGGACUUCCAGUAGCUGCUCGGCCGCCGCCUUCUUCGCACUCUUCUCCUCCCCCCCUCCUCCUCCUCCUCUUCUUCCUCCCCUCGCCAUCAUCAUCAUCAUCACCAUCAUCUGCAGCAGCAGUCCAGUGCCUCCCGGACCCGAAAGCGCCCCCCCACACCCCACCCCACACCUCCUCAUCGGUCUGAUCAUCGGCACCUCCCUGCCCGCCACGAUGGGCUGCAAGCGCCACGCUACCUCGUUGUGUUGAUAUCGAGAUAUUUCAAUCAUCAAAUAUGAAUCAUGCGUUUGAUAUUUCUGGACACUUUGCUCGCCAGCAUCCUCGCGCUCUGGCUUCACGCAUCACCGGCGUCAUCCGCUUCUCACAGUGCAGAGGACAAGGUUGAGAGGGACGCAGUGCCGGUGAAGCAACAGGCGACUGCAGCACCCGUUUCGGAAAACACAGCCCACCAUGCAGCCGCCGAGCAGGUGAUCGCCUACCCAUCUCGCCUCAUCUACUACCUAAACGAGGACUCUGAGAGUGCCUACCAUGACCUGGACACGCGGGCCAGGAGCCAAACCACAGAGGGUCAGGCGAUCCACCUUGCUCAGGUCAGCUUCCAACUAGAAGCUUUCAGCACCCGAUUUGUUCUGGAUCUCACCCUGAACAAUGACCUGCUGUCUUCAGAUUAUGUCGAGAUCCAUUACGAGGGGGAUAAGCCUGUCCCAUCAAAGGGCGGUGAGCACUGUUACUACCACGGGCAGGUGAGAGGCAACGGUGGCUCCCGUGUGGCCUUAUCUACCUGCAACGGGCUGCACGGGAUGUUUGACGAUGGAGCCCAUGUGUAUGUAAUUCAGCCUCUCCAACAGACUCAUUCAAUCGACACAGCUGGCAGGCCUCACCAGCUCCGAAGAACUGCCUUGUUUCAGUGGAAAAAUGAGUCACAGCAACUGGCGGAGGAGGAGGAGGAGAAGCUCUUCUCGGAGCUGGAUGAACUCUCCUGGCUGAUGCGCCGGAAAAAGCGAGCCAUAAGUGUAUUUGAGGAGAUGAAAUACUUGGAGAUCAUGAUUGUCAGUGACCACAGUAUGUACAAACGACACAAAACCAAGCAGCACACCCGGAAUUUUGCCAAGUCUGUGGUCAAUCUGGUGGACGCUGUCUUCAAAGAGCAGCUGCGAACUCGUGUGGUGCUGGUUGCUUUGGAGAUCUGGACAGACAAAGAUCAGAUUCCGGUCAGCGUGAGGCCGUUGGAAAUGCUACGUGAUUUUUCCAAGUACCGCCAGCAGAGCAUCAAGCACCACGCAGACGCAGUGCACCUCUUCUCAAAUGUGACCUUUCAUUACCGCAGAAGUAGCGCAGCCUACUUUGGAGGCAUGUGCUCUGUGAGCCGGGGGGUUGGCGUCAAUGAGUACGGCAGCACCUGGUCCAUGGCGGGCUCUUUAGCCCAGAGCCUGGCUCAGAAUCUGGGCAUCCAGUGGGACCCCGCAUCCAAGAGAAAGGAAUGCGGUUGCACUGACUCGUGGACCGGCUGCAUCAUGGAGGACACUGGUGUCCAACACCCACGGAGAUUCUCCAAAUGCAGCAUCUCAGACUACAAGGACUUCCUGUUGAAAGGUGGAGGCUCGUGUCUGUUUAAUAGGCCCACAAAGUUGUUGGAGCCCACCGAGUGCGGGAAUGGAUUUGUGGAAGUGGGAGAGGAGUGCGACUGCGGUGCGAGAGCUGAGUGCUACAAGGGAUGCUGCAAAAAGUGUUCGCUGGCCAACGGGGCGCACUGCAGCGACGGCCCCUGCUGCAAUACCACGUGCCUGUUCUUCCCGCGAGGUUACAGUUGCCGCUAUGCUGUGAAUGACUGCGAUAUCUCAGAGACCUGCUCCGGGGACUCUGGACAGUGCCCUCCCAACCUUCAUAAACAAGACGGAUACCUCUGCCAGGUGAACCAGGGCCGCUGCUACAGUGGAGAGUGUAAGACCCGAGAGAACCAGUGCAGAUACAUCUGGGGGCCAAAGGCUGGAGGCUCAGAGAAGUUCUGCUACGAGAAGUUAAACACCGAGGGUACCGAGAAGGGAAACUGCGGAAGGGAUGGCGACAAAUGGAUCCAGUGCAGCAAGCACGAUGUCUUCUGUGGUUAUCUCUUGUGCACCAACAUCGGGCGCAACCCUCGCAUUGGAACAAUGAAAGGAGACAUCACCCCCACCUCUUUUAACCAUCAAGGCAGGCUGAUAGACUGCAGCGGUGGACACGUUCUUUUGGACGAUGAGACCGAUUUAGGCUACGUGGAUGACGGGAGUCCUUGCGGGCCGUCAAUGAUGUGCCUUGACCACAAGUGUCUGUCCAUCCAGUCGCUCAACAUUAGCACCUGCCCCACUGGACCAAAUGGACAAGUGUGCUCUGCUCACGGGGUGUGCAACAACGAAGCCACAUGCACCUGUGACACCACGUGGGCGGGGACAGACUGUAGUAUGCCUGACCCUCCGAAAAUCCCUGAGACCACUCCAACUCAAGGGCCCAAGGUGAGCGUGGCCACUAACAGGCUGAUAGGGGCAGUAGCAGGGACCAUUCUGGCCCUGGGGGUGAUUUUUGGAGGCACAGGGUGGGGAAUAGAAAAUGUGAAGAAGCGGCGAUACGACCCCAACGCCACAGCCAUUUAACGCUGAAGGGCGGACGCCAAUCGCAGACGGACUCCUCCAAGGCUUCCUUAGUCGGCCAACCAGACAGCUGGACUGCACUUAUUGCUGCUGACUUUUGGCAUUAGAUUUACUUGAAUAUUACAUAAUAUACUUAAAAAUAAAACAGAUGGUGGACAUUGGAACCAAUUCCAUCGUAGUGACAUUAGACGCGUGCAACCUUUUAGCCUUUUCCACACCACUCAUCACACGCAAGCCUGAUCUCAAGAUUGACAGAGCUCCUCGACCGCCCUCCGUUUUCAAGUGCCGGUGCGCAGGUGCUCGGACACCUGGCAUGAGUCUCCGCGCGUCCGGCGCUGCUUGCUGGCCCUCUGGCAUGAAGAGCACCUCUCCACGGGCUCUGCAUGGCUACGUAAGCUGUGAAUAUUCAGCCAAAACACAUCCUUCCAAAGAGAAAGGAAAGCAAAAUGCGGGGAGAGAAAGCCUCAUUCAAACGGAGACGAACAUGACAGCAGACUGCAUGUGAGCUCAUCCAGUGAAUGGUGUCAAAAAUUCCACAUAAGUGCAGUAUUUCAGCUUUGGAAUUAUUUUCCCACUGAGUUUUUUUGUUUGUUUUUUUACAUUAGCAUGUUUUAUAGCAGGCUUUUGAAACACUAAUAGGGAGAACUUGGGGCCAAAAACGUAACCUCCCGAGCCUCGCCGUUUGGCGUCCAAGAGAAGCAUGUCCGAGAUCAAGUGUGGUCCCGUCGCAGUGUUGACGUUGAAGGAAAAGCCAAAGAAGCAAUCACCAUUGAACAUAUGGAUGUUGCACACGGAGCACUUUGCCCUCUGUCGUGUCCAGCCAGGGCUCACCCAUCCACCGCACCCAUCCACCACAUCUGGCUUAGCCUUUUACUCUCAUAGACUCUCAGUAGGAAUCAAGUCGACAGGAAACGCUGCAUGCAAUCACUGUAUAGUGGGCUUAUAAUAAUUCUAUAUGGGAGUUCCCCAGGAUCUCUAAGAAAAUA